AUGUCAGCGUCAAAAGCAGUGCGGAAGAGAACGUUUCAUCCCCCGUGCGUAUCGCCUCCUAAUUCCGGCGGCUUGGAUUGGGGGAGAGGCAUCAAGAAUGGGCGCUCACAGAGCCUUUCUCGGGCUGUAUAUAGACCUGCGCCGCCUGGGGAUACUCACCCCCGUGCUGACUCUGUAUACCCCACGCCUGAGUCUUCUGCGUGGAGGCCUAUGGUGGACAUACCUCCGCCACGCAGUAAUCCCUUGCGUGCACCGGACUUUUCAAGUGCAACACGCUCACAAGCAGUGGAGGAGUCUUACCUGAGUGACUCGGGGGAAGGAUCUUGUUCAAGCUCAGACUCGGACUCAAGCAGGAAAAAUUCCGACUCGGGGGGCGAAGAUUCCGGUCCGGAUAAAUUGGCUAGCGAGAGCGAGGGCAAAGAGUACAAAGGAGGCGGGCAGAAUGAGCAGGAGAAUAGGGGCGUUCCCCCUGCUGUUAUACAAAAAAAGCAAAAUCAAAAGUUGUCAGCGGCUUGA